CCAUUAGACAAAUUACGUUUCCUAUCCUCUGAUCCUCAGCCUUGCAGCAGAACCAUGGCUAUGGCUGCUGGGACUGUAGCUUCAACCGGAGCAUAUCUGAUGCAAUUCCCGCGUACUCUGACCGCACUCAGAACUUCUUUUAUACCAACACGGUCUUUCUCAAAAUUGGGUUUUCAUCCUCUGCGGCUCAGGACUACUGCACCCGUAAGAAAACUCCAGGUUCGAGCCGCGAGAACCGAGUCCAAAGGGGUAUCUUUAGGCUUCAGAGCUCCUCAUUUUGAGCUUCAGGAGCCUCUUACUGGGAAAAUGUGGACGUUGGAAGAUUUUGAAUCAUACCCUGCUUUAUUGGUUAUGUUUAUUUGCAAUCACUGCCCAUUUGUAAAACACUUGAAAAAGGAUAUUGUGAAGCUUUCAAAUUUCUAUAUGAAGAAGGGACUUGCAGUUGUUGCAAUAUCUUCAAAUUCUAUAGCUACUCACCCACAGGAUGGACCAAAAUUCAUGGCAGAAGAAGCUAAACUAUUUAACUAUCCUUUUCCUUAUCUAUAUGAUGAGUCACAAGAUGUUGCUCGAGAUUUUGGUGCGGUGUGCACGCCUGAGUUUUUCCUAUUCAAAAAGGAUGGUCGGAGGCCAUUUGAGUUGGUGUAUCAUGGCCAGUUUGAUGAUUCACGACCAAGCAAUAAUGUCCGUGUUACAGGAAGGGAUUUAAGCCUGGCAAUAGAUUGUGUACUCAGCGGUCAACCUAUAUCAUUGGUUCAAAAGCCCAGUGUUGGAUGCAGCAUAAAGUGGCAUCCAGAGACAUAAUUGUUAUAUCUGGUUUCUGUUUUCUGGAAAUCCGAACCUGCAAGCAUAAAUUUUACUUUCAGGUGCACCAAUGUUGUCUUGGUAAUUGGUAAUGGCUCACAACUAAUUUAUUUCAGAAAGCCUACCUUUUUGUUCUUGUGUUUUCUGUCUUUCUCCAGAAGUCUUCUUUCAUCAUCUUGGAUUCGUGAAAGCUUGGAUGGCGAUGGGUUGAUACCUUAUGUGAUUGUCUUGAUUGGCUAUGUAUGUAAUUAGUUUUACAGUAUCAUUCCCUAGUUGUCUUGCACUGUAAGUAUUCAUCAGAGAUAAUGACCUCUGGAAAAAAGGUCUCCAUGCCAGUUCUCAUGGUUAUUUUGUUGCACAGAUGCAUGGUUGUUGAAAUGUCUUUGGAAAAAUGUCUCCUGUAUAAGACAAAGUAAAAUAAUGGAUAGCUAUCUAGGCCUUUUCAUAUAUGCUUAAAACUAAA